CUCUCUUCUUCUCGGUGCGACAUAUUUUUUAGAAAGUUGACGACUUUUUCCUCGUGAUACAAAUCGAAGUAAACAAUUGUUAAGUUAAUUUCGUAUUUGAUGUGUAGUACAUGUGUUGUAUAUGUAAUACUGAUAAUUAAAAUUAUCCACACGAUUGUUCUCCCUAUGUGAUAUCACUCAAUUGAAAGUUUUUCAAAGUCAAAGUGAUUGCGAUAAAAUUAGCGCGAAAAAGGUAAAGAGAAAAUUUAAUCGAUGCAAAAUGCAAGCAGAAGUAAAUAGGAUACUGGAAGAGUCGUUGCAAAAAGCCAGAGAAUACGAUAGGAUUGGAAAUGUUGGACAAGCCUUUGGAUAUUAUAUUAUUUUCGCGGGACUAUCUGCAAGGAGAUCUGAAAUUGAAGAAACAUUUACAGACGUGCUGUGCGAAUAUGGAAUGCAGUUAGCAAAAGACAACAAACUUUCAGAUAUUGUAAAUUGCUACAAAUUUUCUUUGGGUAUCUAUCCAAACAAUCCUCGUAUGCUGAAUAAUUUUGCAGCACACUUGUUAAGGAAUAACGAUCCCAUAAGGGCAAUAGAAUAUUUAAAAAGAGCUUUGAAAGUUGAUGUUAACUUUCUACCAGCAGAGCGAAACUUGCAAAAUGCGUAUAGUAUGGCGGUGGAUAGGUGGCAUUUUACAAUGCUCAAUGACAAACGGAGAAACAAUGCUUUUGAACAAGCCAUACGUAAGAGAAUCAAUCAGGGUUACGAUACAGUGUUGGAUGUUGGGACUGGUACAGGUCUUUUGAGUCUGUAUGCAAAAGAUGCUGGAGCCACAAAAGUAUACGCAUGUGAAUGUUCUGAAGCAAUGACACUGAUUGCAAAAGAAGUAUUUGAAUCUAACAAUGCGACUGACAUAAAAUUAAUACCAAAACUGUCAUUUGAUCUUAAAGUACCUGCAGAUAUUCCAGAAAGAGUAAAGUUAAUAGUGACUGAAACAUUUGACGCUGGCUUGUUUGGAGAGCUUGUAAUACCAUCUAUGAUUAAUGUGCACAUGAACAUUUUAGAUUUAAAUGGCAUGAUAAUACCUAUGGCAGCAACGGUUUACACAGCAGCCAUUGAAUGUGAAUAUAUCAGAUAUAGAUCAUCAGUGGUUUUUGAUAAAAUAAAAAAUUACUGUCCCUUAAACUUUGACAAUGUGUCUAUAUUGUCAGAUGACGAAUAUUAUGAUACAGAAAACCUGGAGAAAGUUCAAAUUAAUUAUAUCACAGAGCCGCAAGUGCUCUUUAAUGUGAAUUUUAACGUUUUAUUAGAAUUAUACGAAUUCUGCAAGGAUGGGAUAAAGCAAACGUUACAAGCAAAAUGUAAAUACAAUGGUAUUAUAGAUGGUUUAGUCACUUGGUUCAAGUUGCAUCUUGAUGAGAAGAUUACGCUGGAUUCCUCAGAUGGAAAGUCUUGUUGGCAAUUCGCUAUUUUUCCGACGAUACCGACGGAAUGUAGCAAAGAUGAUGUAUUGACGAUAAAAGCAGAAACCUUGAAGGGCAAACUGAAAUGUUCUUAUAGUGCGAGUAAUGCACGAUACAGCGAAAAUCAUACAACUUUACAUCAUUUGUCAAAAGAAGUCAUUACUUUUCUAAAUGACUUCGAUUAUGUUAAAUUGCUCAUGGAAAUUGGUAGAACUCAAGAGAAUAGAAAAAUAAAGUAUAUUUUGGAUACUUCGCCUUUUCCGAUCUACGGGUUAACUCUUUUAAAAGAAUGCAAAUAUAGCGAAAUUUUAUAUUACAAAACUGAUAAUCCAGCGCUACGUGUUCUGAUUGAACAAAUAGCACGUGAUAGUGGGCUACAAGGGAAAGUGCAUAUGAUAUCUAAUUAUGAGGAAAUUCUAUUUUCUCUAGAUUCUAUAUUUAUUCAUAAUUUUGAUAUUAAAGGUGAAUUGAAAGAUGAUCAAGAUAGCUGUUAUGAAAUUUCUAGGAAUUUACUUAAAACAAAUGGUGUGUUGUUGCCGGAAAAGAUUUUCCUUAUGGGACAAUUAGUAUACUCCGAAGAUUUGCCAAAUAUGGUUUAUGUAAAAGAUGCAAAUCUCCAGAAAUUACCUUGUUCAUUCAGUACUUCUAUUACGAGUCUGAAAGAUAGCAAAGAUGAUCUACAUAUGUGGCAUGAUAUAGCUAAUAAAAUGAAUAAAAGUAGAAAUUAUAUAAUUGCUGAAUAUAUUAAUAAAUUUAAGAUCAAUCAAAUAUUUGAUUUGAAUUCGAGUUUAUAUUCAUGUGAAAUUAUGUCUGAGGCACAAAAAUUGGUAGAAAUAAAUGAAACAGAGACUACCGAAACAAUUGUGAAUUUUGGAGAAAUAAAUAAUAAAGAAGGGGAAACUUUACCAAAUGCCUUAAUAUGUUGGUACAAGAUUCAGCUUGGUCCAUAUCAUGUACACGAUACAAAAAAGAAUGAUUCUUUCAUGAAUCAUACUGCAAUCGUUCUCGAAGAUGAACUACGAGACGUUAUUCUGAGAGACGGGGAAGUAAAAAUAAAAAUCCACCAAAUGAAAGGUUUAGUGAAAAUUACAGUACUAAAUUUAUAAAAAUUUAUAAGAGUAAAAUUUUACAAUUUUGUACAAUUUCUUAUGGAAAAUACAAUUUUUACAAUGUAAUAUCUUUUUUACUACAA